AUGGAUCAUUAUCGACAUCAUAUUGAUGCGUCUACUAAAAAAGAAUUGAUCACUGUGAAACACAAUUGUCACGGUACAAGUGAUCAACAUUCAAUGAUGAAAAUGUAUUUUCAUGCAAGUUUUACUGAAACAAUUUUAUUUGAACCAUGGAAAACAACAUCGAUUUCAAUUUUUAUUUGCUCAUGGAUUUUUAUAUUUAUUUUGGGUAUUUUAUACGAAGAAAUAAGAGAAAUUCGUCUAAAUUUAGAGGAAGAACAAUUAAUCGAAAGAUCUAUGAGUCCAAAUGAAAGAGGCGAGCAAGAAUUAGAAUGUAUGAAUAUUGAAACAAUUGAAUCGGCUCGUCAUACUAAACAAAAAAUUUCUCCACGAUAUUCUGAACGUGCUCUACAUGGUAUACUAUAUGCUAUUCAUUUAAUACUUGGUUAUAUACUAAUGCUUAUAGCAAUGACAUUUAAUGUUUAUCUCUUUCUUGCCAUUAUUUUUGGCAUCGGUACCGGUCAUUUAUUGUAUACAUGUAAUUGUAUCAUACCGUCUAAACGCAAGAAUCAACGUCGUACAACAUAA